AUGGACAAUCUCGAAAAGCUUAUGGGAUCUGAAUGGAGUGAUAGCAUUUCAUAUCACUCACUAGGAACACUCUACAAGAGGAAAUUUAACAAGCCAGAUCUGCUUCCAGUUACAGAAGACUUGGAGGUGUUGAGAAAGCAUCUCCUUCAAAAGAUUGUCACUUGUACAGAGACCUUAAAAGCUGCACCAACAAUACAGAAUUGGAGUGAGUUAGCUGAAACAACCCUUUAUCGGGUGAUAACAUUCAAUAAACAACGAGGCGGUGAAGUUUCAAAGAUGCUGUUGAGUUCAUUUGUAGAAAAGCCAGACUGGAAGAAAACAGCAACAAAAGGAAUUGAAGAUUGUCAGCUUUGAUUUUGAAAGUACAGUGUGUUUAUUGCCACAGUUUCCCAAGUUAUAGAUUAAUUGGCUAGUAAGACACAUGAGACAUGAUAUUAUGCUAGUGCACAGAGAACAAUUUGUAAACUCCAUGAAAUGACCCUGGAGAUGGCAAAAGUAUGCAAAAUUUUGAGAAUUAGUGGAUUGGGGUGAAAACUCUGAAGCCACUGUUUAAGGACAAAAGCUAAUUAUAAAUUCUCUAGGUAUGAUGACUACAUUGGAAAGAUAACAAAAGAAAGGCACUUUAUCUACCAGUCCCAAAAAAAUAUUUUCAGCGUUGAACUACUCAUAUAUUAAGUAAUUAUAUAAGUAACCUUUUUUCUGAUUUAAAAACUAAUUUCGCUGAGGAAAAAUCAUCACACCGACUAAACGUUUUCUCCAGUUUGCAUAUAUUAUUUCUUUAAGUGUUCUGUUAUAGUAAGACUUUUUCCUUGAGCAAAACAUUUUUUUUUUGCACAACUUAAAGACAACCCUCACAAAUAGAUGCUGAAUUCACAGCUAGCAUUGAUGCCUGCACUUAUUUAAUACCACAAAAAAUGUAAAAAUAAACCUCCACCUUAAUAGUCCCAAGGGAUUUGGCAGCUUACAACAAACAAAUCCAUGUCACUUUUCAACUACACUACAUUCAUUAUUAUGCCUGGCAUAGGAGGUUAACUCUACAAUGUUAAACCUACGAUCGCCAAGGCAAACAGUGAUCAAACAACAAGUAGAAAAUAUGCCUGGCAAAAGAGGUUAACAUUACAAGUUAUUUCUCGAAAGCCAUUCGGUGAACAGAAAGCAUUAAUUAUUAGAAAACAAUACUACACAUAACAGGGAAACAAAACUACAAAAACUGGGUUUAUGACAAAAAGGAUUCCUGUUUUAACUGUCCCAAGCUGUAUCCUAAGAUAGGACAUCAAGCCCAAACUCAAUGCCUAAAAGUGGCCCUAGCAAAAAUGAAAUCCGAUAAUUAUAAAUUCUAGGUAUGAUGACUACAUUGGAAAGAUAACAAAAGAAAGGCACUUUAUCUACCAGUCCCAAAAAAAUAUUUUCAGCGUUGAACUACUCAUAUAUUAAGUAAUUAUAUAAGUAACCUUUUUUCUGAUUUAAAAACUAAUUUCGCUGAGGAAAAAUCAUCACACCGACUAAACGUUUUCUCCAGUUUGCAUAUAUUAUUUCUUUAAGUGUUCUGUUAUAGUAAGACUUUUUCCUGGAGCAAAACAUUUUUUUUUGCACAACUUAAAGACAACCCUCACAAAUAGAUGCUGAAUUCACAGCUAGCAUUGAUGCCUGCACUUAUUUAAUACCACAAAAAUGUAAAAAUAAACCUCCACCUUAAUAGUCCCAAGGGAUUUGGCAGCUUACAACAAACAAAUCCAUGUCACUUUUCAACUACACUACAUUCAUUAUUAUGCCUGGCAUAGGGAGGUUAACUCUACAACGUUAAACCUACGAUCGCCAAGGCAAACAGUGAUCAAACAACAAGUAGAAAAUAUGCCUGGCAAAAAGAGGUUAACAUUACAAGUUAUUUCUCGAAAGCCAUUCGUGAACAGAAAGCAUUAAUUAUUAGAAAACAAUACUACACAUAACAGGGAAACAAAACUACAAAAACUGGGUUUAUGACAAAAAGGAUUCCUGUUUUAACUGUCCCAAGCUGUAUCCUAAGAUAGGACAUCAAGCCCAAAGUCAAUGCCUAAAAGUGGCCCUAGCAAAAAUGAAAUCCGAUAAUUAUAAAUUCUGUAGGUAUGAUGACUACAUUGGAAAGAUAACAAAAGAAAGGCACUUUAUCUACCAGUCCCAAAAAGAUAUUUUCAGCGUUGAACUACUCAUAUAUUAAGUAAUUAUAUAAGUAACCUUUUUUCUGAUUUAAAAACUAAUUUCGCUGAGGAAAAAUCAUCACACCGACUAAACGUUUUCUCCAGUUUGCAUAUAUUAUUUCUUUAAGUGUUCUGUUAUAGUAAGACUUUUUCCUGGAGCAAAACAUUUUUUUUUGCACAACUUAAAGACAACCCUCACAAAUAGAUGCUGAAUUCACAGCUAGCAUUGAUGCCUGCACUUAUUUAAUACCACAAAAAAUGUAAAAAUAAACCUCCACCUUAAUAGUCCCAAGGAUUUGGCAGCUUACAACAAACAAAUCCAUGUCACUUUUCAACUACACUACAUUCAUUAUUAUGCCUGGCAUAGGAGGUUAACUCUACAACGUUAAACCUACGAUCGCCAAGGCAAACAGUGAUCAAACAACAAGUAGAAAAUAUGCCUGGCAAAAGAGGUUAACAUUACAAGUUAUUUCUCGAAAGCCAUUCGGUGAACAGAAAGCAUUAAUUAUUAGAAAACAAUACUACACAUAACAGGGAAACAAAACUACAAAAACUGGGUUUAUGACAAAAAGGAUUCCUGUUUUAACUGUCCCAAGCUGUAUCCUAAGAUAGAACAUCAAGCCCAAAGUCAAUGCCUAAAAGUGGCCCUAGCAAAAAUGAAAUCAGAUAAGGUAACAAUAUUAUUGCUGCAAGAAAUGAUGAUCUCAUCUGCAAGUAUGGUAGCAUCAUUGCAGAGAGACAUGGGCAAGACAACCUUCACCUGGUGUCACAAGGGAUUCGACAGCUUUCAAGGCUGCUGAUACAGCUCAGAACCAACAACUCCAUGGGGAUUCACCUCAAAGACUUUCUAAAGCCAGAGUAUUUUGACCACAUUGUGGCUUGAGUUAAGACCCUUUGCAACUUUGAGGAAUCAUCAGCAAAGUCAGUCGGAAUACCAUCCCUUGCACUGAAGUUAGGCCAUGCCAUAAAUAAGUGCAUCACCAUCCAAAGAGGUAAGGCUUUGAGAGAAAAAAGACCAGGUGCCGCUACAAGACAUGGACAAUCUCGAAAAGCUUAUGGGAUCUGAAUGGAGUGAUAGCAUUUCAUAUCACUCACUAGGAACACUCUACAAGAGGAAAUUUAACAAGCCAGAUCUGCUUCCAGUUACAGAAGACUUGGAGGUGUUGAGAAAGCAUCUCCUUCAAAAGAUUGUCACUUGUACAGAGACCUUAAAAGCUGCACCAACAAUACAGAAUUGGAGUGAGUUAGCUGAAACAACCCUUUAUCGGGUGAUAACAUUCAAUAAACAACGAGGCGGUGAAGUUUCAAAGAUGCUGUUGAGUUCAUUUGUAGAAAAGCCAGACUGGAAGAAAACAGCAACAAAAGGAAUUGAAGAUUGUCAGCUUUGAUUUUGAAAGUACAGUGUGUUUAUUGCCACAGUUUCCCAAGUUAUAGAUUAAUUGGCUAGUAAGACACAUGAGACAUGAUAUUAUGCUAGUGCACAGAGAACAAUUUGUAAACUCCAUGAAAUGACCCUGGAGAUGGCAAAAGUAUGCAAAAUUUUGAGAAUUAGUGGAUUGGGGUGAAAACUCUGAAGCCACUGUUUAAGGACAAAAGCUAAUUAUAAAUUCUCUAGGUAUGAUGACUACAUUGGAAAGAUAACAAAAGAAAGGCACUUUAUCUACCAGUCCCAAAAAAUAUUUUCAGCGUUGAACUACUCAUAUAUUAAGUAAUUAUAUAAGUAACCUUUUUUCUGAUUUAAAAACUAAUUUCGCUGAGGAAAAAUCAUCACACCGACUAAACGUUUUCUCCAGUUUGCAUAUAUUAUUUCUUUAAGUGUUCUGUUAUAGUAAGACUUUUUCCUUGAGCAAAACAUUUUUUUUUUGCACAACUUAAAGACAACCCUCACAAAUAGAUGCUGAAUUCACAGCUAGCAUUGAUGCCUGCACUUAUUUAAUACCACAAAAAAUGUAAAAAUAAACCUCCACCUUAACAGUCCCAAGGGAUUUGGCAGCUUACAACAAACAAAUCCAUGUCACUUUUCAACUACACUACAUUCAUUAUUAUGCCUGGCAUAGGAGGUUAACUCUACAAUGUUAAACCUACGAUCGCCAAGGCAAACAGUGAUCAAACAACAAGUAGAAAAUAUGCCUGGCAAAAGAGGUUAAAUUAGCCUUGAAAAUAUUCUCAUUAUUAAACAGAUCACCUGCCUUGUUAGUUUGAAUAUGCACUGCUCUCAACUCAGUCAGAGCCACAUACAACCAUUUAAGUUACUUUUGUUAAGCAUGGCCUGUAUAUUAACUAAAUACUUCAAAACAAAAGGCCACCUUCAUGUUUGCUACUUUUUUAAAGAGAG